AUGUCGUGGCGGGCAUUAGUAAAAGGUGUAAUGAAAUUUAAUGAUAAAGAACAAAAUUCCACUGUAAAAAGUUUAAAUAAUUAUAAUGUUUUGCGCAAUAACAUCAAGAAAUUAAUAAAGCAGCUUGUAGAAUUAUUCAUGUAUAAAGAUGAAGAAGAUAUAGAUGUAUAUGAUGCUAUGAAAGUAAUCAAACCCUAG